AUGGGCAAGAAGCGGGGCGCGGGGCUGGGCCGCUGCCUGCUGCGGCAGCGCGGCCCGGGGCGCCGCGACGCCGCCGCCUCAUGGCUGCAUGGCAGCGAGGUGAGCGGCGAGCGCGGCGCGGCGCGGCGGUCCGCGGCCGAGCAGAGCCCGCUGGAGGAGUUCCUGGCCACGGCUGAGCUGGCGGGCACCCGCUUCGUGGCCGAGCGACUGAACAUCCAGUUUGUGUCCGCCCAGACCCGCACUGGCCUCCUCACGCCCCAAGAAGCCCAGCGCGUCCGGCAGCUGCAUGAGGACAACCGGCAGUUCCUGCGCAUCCCUCGGAGGCCAUACUGGGACAGGACAACCAGUGCGGAGGACUUGAAGCAAGCUGAGAGAGAGAGCUUCCUAGAAUGGAGGCGACAGCUUGCCCAACUUGAGGAAGAAAAAAAUUUAAUUCUAACUCCAUUUGAACGAAAUUUAGAAUUUUGGCGUCAGCUUUGGAGAGUCAUUGAAAGAAGUGAUAUUGUAGUUCAGAUAGUAGAUGCUAGAAACCCACUCCUGUUUAGAUGCCAAGAUUUGGAAAAUUACGUUAAGGAAGUCAGCAGUGACAAAGAGAACAUGAUUCUGAUAAACAAAGCAGAUUUGCUGAGUGAAGAGCAACGGGCUACUUGGGCACUUUUCUUUGAGAAAGAAGGUGUUAAGGUGGUGUUCUGGUCAGCCUUGGCAGAGUGCAAACGGCUAGCAGGAGAAGCUAAGGGACUAGACACUGAAGAUGUAGCAGAGGACUCAGGUGAUUCUGAGGAUGAAAGCUCCAGUCAAGAAGAUGACACAACACAGGAUAGUGCAGAAAGCACAUGCACAGACAAUGCUUUCCAAACUGAUAAUGGAGUUCUGGUCAGUGAUGAUGACAGUAGUGAUGAAUAUGAAGACUGUGAAGAUGAUGAAGAGGAUGCAUGGCAAACCUGUUCUGAAGAUGAAGGUGGGGGCAAAGUAAAUACUACUGCCCCCAAAAAUACGGAAAACGGUACUGAUGGUGCUGCAGUGCAGUGCAUAGUGCAGGAACAGAACAGGAACAUCAGGAACUUCAGUCAUCUAGUACAAAGAAAUGAACUGCUGGAGAUACUCAAAACCAUGCACAAGGGACCAAGGGUGAAGGCUGGGGAAGUAAAUGUUGGGCUGGUGGGUUACCCCAAUGUUGGCAAAAGUUCGACUAUCAACACAAUCCUUGGAAAUAAGAAGGUGUCAGUGUCUGCUACACCAGGCCGUACGAAGCACUUCCAGACCCUGUAUGUGGAGCCUGGCCUGUGCCUCUGUGAUUGCCCUGGUCUGGUGAUGCCAUCCUUCAUCUCUACCAAGGCAGAGAUGAUUUGUUCUGGAAUUCUACCUAUAGACCAGAUGAGGGACCAUGUCCCACCCAUUUCUCUAGUUUGCCAGCAUAUCCCACGGAACAUUUUGGAAGCAACCUAUGGAAUAAAUAUCAUAAGACCUAGGGAAGAUGAGGAUCCAGAUAGAAAGCCAACAGCUGAAGAACUGCUGAUAGCAUAUGGAUGUAUGAGAGGCUUUAUGACAGCUCAUGGACAGCCAGACCAGCCAAGAUCAGCUCGAUACGUGUUAAAAGAUUAUGUCAAUGGGAAGCUGUUAUAUUGCCAUCCACCUCCUGGUGUUGAUCCAAGUGGCUUUCAGCACCAGCAUGAAAGAUGCCCAGAGGGCAUAACUCUGCGGGCCAGCGAAAAGGCGAAGCCUGAGAGGAAUACCAAAGCGAAACAAAUUGAAAAUGUGGUGGAUAAAACAUUUUUCCACCAGGAGAACGUUCGUGCUCUGAUGAAAGGUGUCCGGGCUACAAUGGGAUACCGGCCUGGCAGUGGCCUUGUGUCUGUGACUGCACCCAAAUCUGGCAAUGUUGUAGGAAAACCCUGGAAAAAACAUGGAAACAGGAACAAGAAGGAAAAGGUUCGCAGGAUCACUAAGCACCUGGAGGCCUAGCUGUGGUGCUGUACCUGGUCUUCCCAGGUCAGGGACUGCACUGUCUUGCGUGCAUGAAUUAAGGAGGAAGAAGUGCACAUCACCAGUUCACCUGAAAUCUGUGCCAUGGACUGGCCCAGGCAGGGGAUGAGAGCUCUGAUACUUGCAGCUCAUCCCAUUUGAGACGAAAAGAGACCUGGCCAUUUGUGUCUUUGGGAGGUCAGCCAGCCCAGACAGUUGACUGUUGCUGAAAAGCCCUUUCAAUGGGAGAAGAUAGAUAGCGUGUCAGAAUGUUUUCCUUUCUGUAAAGGGUGUAUUUUAUAGCUGCUGGGAUCAAACAAAGCCUUGUAAAACUGACUAAAAUGUUUAAAUAGUUGAAUCUUAA